GCAUCACGGAUUUUUGUCUCGAGCAUCUUUUCCAGCUCUACGGAGCCAACUCGUUAAUUACGUACUACUAGCUAUAGUGAUCCGUCAUGGGCUGGUGGGAUAGCCUCUGGUCGUCAAGCUCGGGCGAUGAUCCAUUGCGAAAACUCGACCCCAAGCUCCGCGAAUUCCUCGAACGAGAAUCACCCGUAAAAUACAGCGCCGCACAAACUGCCGCAGAAGAGAAGGAGCAGAAGAAAGUCGCAGCGGAUAAACAUGCGGAAGAUAAUAAAGAGGCGAAUAAACCACUUGUACCCAGAGAGAGCCAGUUCCAAGACGGACGAUAUGCGCAUUUAUGGAAGACGUACCGACCUUUAACUGAGGUGGAAGCCGAGACCAAGAGCGAGCAUGAGAAGUUGAUGGAUGUGUUAGAGGGCUACAAGGAGCGCAAAAAUCAGAUAGGCAAGGCGGCGUUGGAGAAUUGCGCACUCGAGCAGGUCGAUUGGCGACAGUGUAUGACGAGUCCGAGCUUCACAGAACGAAUGACCUUAUGCCGAACACAAAUUAAGAAGUUCGAGAAAUGCUACAUGACGCAAACCAGAUUACUGAAAGCCCUAGGCUAUUUAUCAACCGCCGAUCGCUCCCCUGAAGUCGAGGAAGAUAUCCAACUGCACGCCGACACACUCUACCAGCGCCUACUAUCCCAAGAGGCUGAGGUCGCCGCAGCGAAGGAAGAAGGACGUCCGAUCCCAACAUUCCCACCCUUAAUACCAAGAGUCUCCAUAGCUGCGAACCAACUACAACAGAAAGCGCAACAGCAGGAAGAAUUAACAAAAGAACAACAAGAGAUGCUAAGGGAACGUUUAAAAAAGGUGGACGAAGAAGACCGGCCCGCAGAAGAGGAGGCCAUCAGAGCAGAAUGGCGCGCAAAGGCCGAAGUCGCAUCGCGCAUACAAGAUCUAUGGAAGAAGCAGGAUGAAGAGCGCAAGGCGCGAAAAGAGAGGGGAGAAGAGACACUAUGGGAUAGACUUAGCGGGACAUUUGGUGGUGGUAAUGAGAAGAGGUGACAUUUGCUCAUCACACUCACGAACUUAUCACGAGAAAUGUAAAAUUGAGUUAUGAAGCUUGUGGGAUCUUAAAAUGAAACAAUUGUAAAA